CAAGGUAAGGAAUUCAGAAUCCCUUCUUUUUUUUUUCUUCUACUUCCUCAUCUUCUCUCCUCCACACCUCGCAUCUCGCAGUAUUCUCUUCCCUCUUCGGCCCCUGUCCUGCGGGCUUUUCUUCUUCUUCCUGCAGACAUACACUCCUCACCCCGCCAUCCACCCACAGUGCCACUGGAUUUCUCUUGGAACUUGGAAUCUUGCACCACUGUGCCACCCCGUCACCCCGUUUUUGUCAGCAAUAUCUCCAGCACAAGGUACCAACGGCGCCAGAUUGUCUCACCACACACGUACCGUCCGUCCACCCCCAAAAAAGAAGCCAAAGGCCUACGCAGUAAGAGAGGGGGCGGAAUUUGCGGGGUUCCUCCAGCACAACGAGCCAACGAGCGUCUUUGUACGCCAACCUUGAACCUCCACCAACAAAUCACGACCCCAGAGCGACCACUCCUCUCUCUCUCUCACUCACACAUACAUACCCUCUCUUUUUGA